CGGCCAUGGCUCCUCACCACAGCACAACAAGCAACAAGCAAGCCUUCUUCCUGAUCCCUACUCGAUCAACGCAAGCUCGUCGUCGAUCUCUCUCCAAGCCCCACCAGCAACAUGUCGGACAAGUGCGGCAACUGCGACUGCGCUGACAGGAGCCAGUGCACGAAGGGCAGCAGCUAUGGCGUCGUCGUAGUCGACACCGAGAGCCGCGUCGAGCGCCGCGAGGAGGUGGUCGCCGCCGGCGAGAACGACGGCAAGUGCAACUGCGGCACCAGCUGCUCCUGCGGCUCCAGCUGCAACUGCGGCCACUGAAGGCCGCCGCCGCCAUGGCCUGGCUCCACCGUGCCUGUCGUCACAGCGUAUAAAAUAAUUAAACCGCCAUGCCCGUGUUGAAUACAUACGUCGUGUCCUAUGUACACAAGGACCUGGUGUGCGAGCACGACGCGCGGUAUCGUAUAUAUCGUGCUCGUCUCGGGAUACCUCGUGUACGUUGUGCCUAAUAAGAACCUGCCUGCGCCUCUGCUGCUGUCAUGUGACCAGCAACCUGUAGCUACCUACCUGCUGGCUGGCUGUGUGACCUAUAGCUAGCUAGCUAGCUAGCUUAGCUCCAGGGCUCUGUUAUGUGCAAUGAAAUCUACUGUGUGGUUUGACUACUAAAAAGUAAA